AUGGCUACUACUAAUACUAUUCCCAAGAAAUUUCGCCAAGUGACUACCAAGAAUGUUUAUAAAAAGUUAUUCGAUGCUGAGGUGGAUCUUGUUAAAUCACUAAGUAAAGAAAGAACAUCAUUUCCUAUACAAGAAAAGCCCAACAGUAUUCCCCUUGUUCGAGAAUCUCGAGGAGUCUUGGGUAAUGGAAUCCUAACAGAUCGUCAAAAGCGAUGGCUGUUUAGCAACUUAAACGAUGAACGCGUCGAAAAUCCUGUUUAUUUGAAGAAACAACUAGAGGCCGAGCGAAAACUUUCUGAAGAAUCAGAAAGCUAUAAAGCCGCCAAGGAUGUCACUAGACUACAAGAUAAACCUGUCAAUUUCCUUAAACCGCUUAAUGUAAUAUUAGCCAAAACAGGAAUACAAACUAAUACGAUUGAAAAGAUUAAUCGCAACCGCUAUGUAAAGCAUGAAAACCUAUUAGAUGACUUUUAUCAAGAACUGGGGAUGGUUAGCAGGAAUUAUGAAAAUCAAAUUCUUGAAGCUUGCUCUAUAUUAAAAGAACGUCUUGCCGAAAGUGAUAAAGAACUGGAACUAUUAAUGAAUCGAUUAGCUGAUGAUGAAAUAUUGGUAAAGUACUCUAUGUGCGAUCUAAAUGAAAUCUGGAACCAAGUUGCAUCAAUUUCCGAACCAAGACGGAAACUGAUGCAUGAUCUAGAUGAGGAAUUGGAUUCGAUUGAAGUUGAAAGAAGUAAACAGCUAAUCAAGAUUCUACACACCUAUGGAAAGCAAUUGGUUAAAACUGCUCAUAUCUUAACAGCUGAUGUUGAACGAUUAUUGGACGACGAAGCCCAACAUAUCAAUAUGUCCCUUCUAGCGAAUAAAAAAUCCUUUGCUGAGUUAUUUGCAAGAUUACUAACAGCUGAUGUCCAAAGAGAAUAUAAACAACGUUUACGAUGGCAAGAACGUGUACAAGACUGGAGAAGAUUAAAGAAAGAUGCCAUCAUUCAAAGUUUUGAGUAA